UUUCCAGUUAUAUUAUAGUUCAAUUAAAAAAACCCGACAAACUCUUGUGUCUCGUCGUUCGGCGUGCUCCCACACACAUGUGUAUAUAACGUUGUAUCGGUACCCCUCGUGCUCACAACGUUGAGAUGGCGGAGACAUCAGUCGGAAUGGAAGUGUCUCAGGGGGAUAACCGAGAAAAGGCUUCGGCAGAGGAUAUGACCUCAAAGGACUAUUACUUUGACUCUUAUGCUCACUUUGGCAUCCAUGAGGAGAUGCUGAAAGAUGAGGUCCGCACUCUGACUUACCGUAACGCCAUGUUCCACAACAAGCAUUUGUUCAAAGACAAGGUGGUGCUGGAUGUGGGUAGUGGGACUGGGAUCCUCUGCAUGUUUGCUGCCAAGGCUGGGGCCAAGAAAGUCAUUGGAAUCGAGUGCAGCAGUAUAUUGGACUAUGCUGUGAAGAUCGUCAAGGCGAACAAGCUGGACCAUAUUGUGACCAUAGUUAAGGGGAAGGUGGAGGAGGUGGAGCUUCCUGUUGAAAAGGUGGACAUCAUCAUAUCUGAGUGGAUGGGCUACUGUCUCUUUUACGAAUCCAUGCUCAACACUGUCAUCUAUGCCCGAGACAAAUGGCUGAAACCAGAUGGGUUGAUAUUCCCAGACAGAGCCACUCUUUAUGUCACGGCUAUUGAAGACAGGCAGUACAAAGACUACAAAAUACACUGGUGGGAGAAUGUGCAUGGGUUUGACAUGUCCUGCAUUAAGGAGGUUGCUAUCAAGGAACCGCUGGUGGAUGUGGUGGACCCCAAGCAGCUGGUCAGCAAUGCCUGCCUCGUGAAGGAGGUGGAUAUGUACAAUGUGAAGCUAGAGGAUCUGUCCUUCUCCUCCCCAUUCUGUCUGCAAGUUAGGAGGAAUGACUACAUUCAUGCGUUAGUCACUUACUUCAACAUUGAGUUCACCUGCUGUCACAAGAAGACUGGAUUUUCUACCAGCCCAGAUUCCCCCUACACCCACUGGAAGCAGACUGUGUUCUAUCUGGAUGAUUACCUGACGGUAAAGUCCGGGGAGGAGAUACUGGGCACCUUGAGCAUGAAGCCCAAUGCCAAGAACAAUCGUGAUUUGGACUUCAUUCUAGACAUUGACUUCAAGGGACUGUUGUGCGAGAUCACCAAGUCUUCUGAAUACAAGAUGCGCUAAAGGGGGGGGGUCAAGUAAUAGCCAAGGGUUUUGCAGUCGAGUACUUAAUGCGACUUCAACAGAUUUUAACUACUGUAUGUUCUUUUGGGUUUGUGUAAUGGUUCUUGUUCAGAGGUUGAAAUGUAAAAAUGAAAAUCGGUCCCAUGUAACAGCAAGAAGAUAGUGAAACCUUUUCAACACUGUACAUCUAUGCCAUACACAUUGCCGCUUUCUCAGAAUGUCGCCAUCAAAAUCAGUGCUCACCUUAUCCCCUUGACCUACAAUGUAUUACUGGAAGAAAUGUUCCAUUCACCCCUCUCCCCCUUUUUUAUUUUAUAUACUCACUUCCUGUUUCUCUGCCAGUUAGUCUGUCUUGUGGCACAAUGUCUGAGUUUUUGAUGUGUCUUUGAAUUUUUGGCUGCACAAGGAUCCCUGUGUGUAGAAAAGUACUUAUGACUGUUUCAUUUUAUAUUGGGCUUGAUCUAAUGUGACAAGCGCACAAUGUAAAUUAAGAAUGCAUGGGCCCAGUCUUGUGUACAGAGUAGCCCUUUGGUAGUUCCGCAGUGUCUAUGGAAUGCAAAGGGUAUCAAUCCUAGUGGCUGAAAAAAAAAAAGAAAAAGAAAAAAAAUGCCUUCUGGAUUUGGAUCUUCAGUCUGAAGUACAAGUGCAAGGAGUACAUUGGAUAGGAGGAUGAGGUUUUAUAUUUUGAUGAUUUGAUGAAAAUAAAAGUUUUUGAAGUG